GAUUGGCAAACGACACACAAGAAUCAGGUCCUAAUUAAUCCAAUUAAAUAACUGUAGCGGAAUGAUUAACCCAAAUAUUAAAUCCUAAUAAUAGUAGUAGUAAAAAAAUUGCUGCUCAAACCAUGAUAAGACGCAGUAAUUUUCUUUGUUCCUCUGUAAUGCUAUCCAGCCAAUUCCAAACAAGGGAAAGCAAGCCUUCCCAUCAUUUUCUGUCUCCUUCCCUAAUACUUUAAUAUUGGAAAAUAUUCGUGAGCAGAGUAAAUUGCCAUAUAUAUAUAUAUAUAUAUAUAUAUAUAUAUAUAUAUUGCCAAAGCUUGAUAUUCCCUUACAUUUGAAAUUGCACGUCAGAGCAAUGAGAGAGCAUCAUGUUCAAACGCCAUUGAAGGAGUUCGGAAAUCGCCGAUCCAAAUCUAUCUCCGAUCAAACUAAGAAGCCUCUCAAAACAACUAGGAAGAACUCGAAUCCUGUGUUCGAAUCGCAAGGCGCCUCAGUUUCUGAAAAGGAAUCGAUAGAUAGUUCUCUAAUUUCAGAUGAUCAUAAUCUCCUCACUGAGGAGUUGGUGUUGAUUCAAGAAAGUUCUCCUUCAUCAGAAGCAGUUGAUCCUCUUGCUAACCUGACUCCAUUGUCAUCAACACUAACUUCUGAAUGCACUGGCUCGAAUAGCGGUAGUGAUGUGAAGUUUGGUUUCAUUGAGGCCGAAAUGGCGGUAACGUACCUAAGAGAAGCUCAAAUGCAAGUUGUGAAUGCAACAGAUAUUGAUAUUAGGUAUAAGAAGCUUCUUGAUGCUGUCAUCAACACUGUAGUUGAACAGUUCUAUGGACUGCCAGAAGACAAUAAGGACUGCUAUAAUACACUUGUCUUAAACAAAUUCCAUUUGGUGAUGCUCACUUUCUCGCUCUGGAUAAUUGCUAUUUUCAUCGGGUUCGUUGUUCGUUCUGGCGAAAAGGACUCUUCCUAUGGAACUCUGCCUACCUAGUUAUGUUGCUAUCACAGUUGCUGAUUUACACGUGAUUGCAGGUAUAUUUUCUCUUUUCACCUAUGGUAUCUUCAUUUUGCGCAGGUGCAUUCGUGUCAAAACAUAUUCAAAACAAGUGUUUGUAAUUCUGUUUUGGUUCUUCAUUUUGGCAUUUGGUACGACUUGUGUGAAUCAUAACUGUGUUGAGUAUGGAAUGUAUGUGUCAAAGAGAUUCAACCCUGCAA